UACCUGAAUAUUCCAACCGCAGAGAGGAACGGGGUCUCCGGGUCUCCCAAAACAGAAGCCAAACAGAAGCAGUGGAUUGGAGAAUAUUGCAGAAGAUGUCAACAGGCAUGUUGAUGACAUCGAAGGCUGAAGGGGGAGGUGGGGUGCAGCGGAGGGGUCCUGACUCUAGAUAAGAAGCUGGGGCCUGCCAUAUGACCAGAGGAGGGAGUGCUUGAGACAGAGCACAAAGCUUGCUGUACAGUGAGAUACAUUUAACACCUCUUUGAAUUCACCCUGGAUAUCAUUUUUACUGGAGAAUCCUGCUGAGAAACUGGCUUGCUAAGUCUUUUUUGCAGUUAAAACUAGAUGUGGUUUCCUGUUAAGAAACAACGAUUUUGGCAAAACAUUACAAAAAGGAUAGUGUGACGCUGCAGAAAGUUAAAGCGAAAAGAAACCAGGAACACAACGAUUUCAUCCGAUAACGGAGAAAGUUUGACUCAAGAAACAUGUCGCAGGAAAAUAUUGUAGAAGGCAUUUAUGCAAUGGUUCUCAUCAGUGAUGAUAAGCUAAGGAAUGGGAAGAUAUAUACUAUGUAUCAUGGGACAACCUUAAUGAAUGCUAAAGAAAUUAUCGCUAAUGGUUUUUUGCCAUCAAUUAAAGGUUGGUUAGGAAUGGGGGUUUAUCUUAGUAGAGACAAAGAGAAAGCUGCAGUACACCCUGUCUGGUUGAAGGACAAAAACGAACAAGUUGUUUUAAAAGUCACAGUAAAUGUAGGUAGAGUUAUAAAGAUCGAUGAUUUAAAUCACCCUCUGAGGAUGACUUGGCAUGCGAAUGGUUAUGAUACAGCUUGGCUACCACAACAUACGAUUCCAAAUGUUGGAGAGAUAGUUUGUGUGUGGGAUCCCAAGAUGAUAAAGUUGAUAGGGGUCGUAAAGGCUCCAAGCAAACAACUUGGGCGUUUCCCUGUUUUACCUGAUUUCAUAUGGUGGGAGGAGGACUUUCGUGACGUGCAUCUCUCCAGUGAUGAACGACCAGAGGAUGACAAGAUUUACGUCAUGUACCAUGGCACAACCCUAGCUUCAGCUAUUAAAAAAAUCAAGAAAGGGUUUAAGAGAUCAAUGGAAGGCUUAUUAGGGAAAGGGAUCUAUGUCACUAGAGAUAUAAACACAGCAGCUCAGUACCCUCGGGGUGACCAAAGUAGCCAGGUUAUCCUAAAACUCAGAGUAAAUGUUGGCAAAGUGUUGAACAUAGAUCAUCGUGGUGAUCCAAUGCAGAAGAAUUGGUAUUCAGACUAUGAUAUGGCUUAUGUUCCUGCAUACAGCCGCAUUGUUAAACAUGGGACAGAAAGAGAUUGUUUCUGUGAUCCAAAAAGAAUCAAAGUGGUAGGCAUUGUAGAUGCUCCCAGGAACUGUCUAGAUUAUCUGGAGACAUUAGUUGAAAAAUAUAAAAAGUAAAAACUGAAGAUAUAUUAUUCGUUUCCUGUGGACAAACAGUUUAAAAUUAGCUUGAUUACUUUUAUCUGGAAAAUGUAUUUUUGUCAGACAGGACAUUAAAAGCACAGCCGGCAGUUUAAGGUAGUCUGAAGCUAUCCGUGUGAAAACAAUUAUAAAGUAACUCUCAGCAGCAUUACCACUGCAGCUCAGUCUAUUAUUACAGCUCAGUAUUACAGCUCAGCUCUUAUUAAGUUGGGUGCCUGUUUCUGUUUUAUGCCAAACUGUUUAACAGCGAUUUGAAAAAAGCCAAACGAACUGGGCUCUCCAUAGCACCAGGGAAAAAGUGUGCGUCACUUGGGUAAGAUUUAAAUAAACAAAUGAUUGUUCACAAACAUAGUUUUACAGCAACGGGGAGUGAACGGGAAGUACCACUUCCCUCCACUGGGGUUACAUCCAAUACAACACCUAUUGCCUGUUGGAAUUGUCACCCUUGGCCACUUACGCAGCCAAGGGUGGGUCCCUUUAACCCUAUGUAUAUGAACCCUAGU